CUUGGUGGACGGAUGACACGCUUGAGGAUGAGACUCGCAGCACGAGCCUCUUCAGUGCGACGGUCCUAUUCAAAAACGCGUACCAGUGCGCGGGGUUACUGGCGGCGGUGCGAAGGGCCGGGUGAGAGAACAAGGCGACCUGAAGAAGGCCAUUGCGUCGUCGAUGGUUGAACCGGGCCAAACAAAGAGGGUCGCAACGAACGUCACAAGAUGCAAGGCCCUCGGCCACUAACUGAGAGAGGUAUGCGGUAUUUGGCCGAUUGGUCGACCUGUCGCCGGCGGUUGCGACGGACGCAUACCCGGGGCCACCUGCGUGCCGUGAUGAUCACGGCGCGACGGGCGGAAGAACAUGUUGCGCCGGGGCCGUGCGUGCGCGGGGCAGCUCAUUCGCCGGCGGCAGUGGCGGGGGCAUGCUGGUGGCUGGGUGGAGGUGGAGUGGAGGCGGGGCAGCCGAGAAGCGAGCCGAGACGCUGUAGCGAACAGCGAGCAGCGAGUUGGCUCGCUGGCGAGCUGGUCGACCGGGUAUCCCAGCAUGCCCGCGCCAUUUGCCUCCGUGAUGGUGAGGCGGGUGCAAAGGCUUGACGAAUGAGCUCCAGCCACGGCGUGAGAAGCACUCGUCACGGGGUACCGCAGAUCGACGGACUGUCACGCGCUUUGAGAGCAGCAGAGGCAGAAGCCUGAGAACUGUCU